AUGGAGAUGACCUUUUCGCUGAGGAGAAGGGAGAUUGUUGAUGACCAGCCGAUGGUGAUUGAAGUGCAAGACAGAUGGCCUGCUUUAUUUUUCAAGGAGCAGAUUGAUGCUGAGUUUUUUCGCAUCACAAACAAGAUGCUAUUGAGGACCUUCAGAGCUGCAGUGGACAAUUACACUCCCAAACUACUUCGUCUGUACCGUGCCCGAAAAGCAGCCUUUGGAAAGGCUAUGGAUGAUAUCAUGGCAAAGCUUGAUGAUGAGACCUCUGACAUCCUCAGGCACCGCAAAGAUGCUGCUCUUCGAGGACUCCCGUUAUUUCUCCGUGAGGACCCCAAGGAACUUUUCAAAGAAUGCCUUGAGACCGAUGCAGAUGAUGUGGCUCUCCAGGGCGUGGCUAUGGGCAUUCUUUACGUUCGCGAAGACUGUGGUCCAGGGACAUCUGCACGAGUGCAAAACAUUGCCGUCAUCCUCGAAGAGAGAGUCGUUUUGCAAGAUAUCCCAGAUACUCCAACUGCUCUGGCAUACCUUUUUGGCUUCCUUUAUGCCCUGAAUAUCUCCUACCCAAAGGCUCUGAAGUAUACCUUUGAUACUUUGCAGAAUGUGUUCAUGGAGGUUGGUCCCAAAUGCACACAGCGUGAGAUGGUGCGUUCGAGACCCGAGGAGACAAGUUGUGCAGGAGCACCUCAGAUACUGGUGCCGUGA